CGUUGUCCGUUCUGCGGAGUUGUAGCCGAUUUCCGUGCGUUCAUUUUCUUGGCUAACUUAAAACGGUAUUUUUGCGUAUUCUGGUCUUAAAUAUUACCUGUUCCAAGCUGCAUUUGAUGUGUUUGAGGCCGACAUAAUCCAUCACAAGUGAAUUCGACGGAAUCUGCCAUCAUUGUGCAUCGGAACUAGUGGAAAGAAGAAAAUCGGGAUGAGCCUCUCGGAGUCUACGGCGCUGAUGGAUUCCCUAGAAUUUGCCGGUUCCAUGCUCGAACGGCAUGACUUGGCCGAUUGUUCGUCUCCCGGAUUACUGGAGGUAACCGGCAUCAAGCAAUCUGGAAUGGCCACUGCAAGUGGUUUGAACGAUUAUGACUACCAAAAUUUAUCCAGCUUAUCGUUAGGGCUGAAAAAUUUGAAUCAGCUAAACACCGUCAACAGGAUUCCGAUUCCUCCGGAAAUUAUGGAGCAUUUCAAGCACAUCAAGUGCCACUGUAUGAUGGGGUUAUUUCCGGAAAUAGGAAGAGCUUGGUUAACCAUCGAUUCUGAUAUUUAUAUCUGGACCUACGAGCAAAGUCGAGAUGUAGCAUAUUUCGAUGGUCUGUCACAUUUGAUUGUGAGCGUAGGUCUGGUGGUUCCGAAGCCAGGCGUUUUUAUUGCCGACGUAAAGUAUUUGUUAGUGCUGACGACACCGAUCGAAAUUGUCAUUUUGGGAGUUACGUUUGGCGAUUCGAAUGGCUCCCCAAAUCGAUCGAUAUCAACCAGCACGGAGGAAAUGCAACUGCUAAAUAAACCCAUCUUCGUGCUCAACACCGACAACAUUGCAAUCACUUGCAUCGAGGGGACUGAUGAUGGAAGAAUUUUCUUGGGCGGCCGAGAUGGCUGCUUGUAUGAAAUUUCCUACCAAGCAGAAUCGAACUGGUUUGGUAAACGUUGUAAAAAGGUGAAUCAUUCGCAGGGAUUGAUGUCCCAUCUAGUUCCCGGAAUAUUCAAAGUUUUCUCGGAGAAUGAUUCAAUAUCCAAAUUAACGAUAGAUAACUCAAGAAAGUUGUUGUAUGCGCUGACCGAAAAAGGUGCCAUCGAAGCGUGGGACAUAGGAGGGGAUUCGAAUAGUGUAAAAAGAAUAGCUAGGGUUACACAGAACGAAAUCGCUUCCAGCGCCGGUAAUGUUCUGCGCACGAUCGAACCUUCGGUGUUUAAACCAGUAGCUGCUUUAUGCCCACUUAGUCUGGAAGAUUCUCCGCAGUUCCAUUUGAUAGCAAUUACUCAAUCGGGCGUGCGAUUCUACUUUUCUACAGUUCCUGUGUUGUUCGGUAUUCAGCAACAACAGCUGCAACAACAACAAUCACAACAACAAGCUGGAUUUCCUCACUAUGAGCAACGACCUCAAGGCCUAUAUCUCCUCCAUGUGCGCCUUCCGCCAGGCUAUACCCCAAACACUAACGUAGGCAAACCGAAGCAAAUUCAUUCAGCUUAUUAUAGUCAUGGCUCUUUGCUGAUGGUUUCCACUCCGCAGCCGGAUCAAGAUUUACUCUGGUCACUCAGCUCAGAACCAUUCCCUUCACGCCAAAAUUUGGUGGAAUCUUCUACAGUUAUGACAAUGGAUGGUCAAGUUUGGGCGAUUGCUGAAGUGAAACCGAAGGAUAAAAUAACGGUGGAUACUCCACUCCGUGCUGCUCAGGUUCCCAAAAAGGUCGCUUUGCUCACAAACCAAGGGGUUCAUAUUGUAUCGCUCAUGAAGUCGGUCGAUAUCUUGCAACAAUUGCUAUUGGCGUGCCAUGGACCGCAUAACGAAGCUGUGAAAGCAUAUUUUCAAGUGCAAUCUGAACCACAAGCUUGUGCUACCAGUUUGUUAAUCGCCUGCAUUGAAACACUCAAGGGUACCGAGCUGGGUGAAUGGGCAGCGCAGGCCUUCAUUCUGUAUGGUGGAGAACCGUACUUUGAAAUUGCACCCUACAUGGGUGGGCAUUCAGCAGCUGCAAGACCACUGAGUUUCAAUUCGCCAGUCCCUAGCGGCUACGGUGAAUCGCAAGCUUCCGGUCCUCGUAUGUUCAUGUCAACUCCGUUUUCGGCAUCGCGACCGGCUUCCUCGGUACAACAGAGUUUGAUGCAGCAAACACAAUUUGGUAACAGUCCAGUACCGAACGUGUUAAACCAUAGCUAUAACAACAACCUGCCCCAAACAAUGUCCAGUGAUUCGUCCAAUUUCCACUAUUCGGCAAAACAUGCUGGCCUGUACCUUCACAUGUCCCGUCUUCUACGCUCAGUCUGGCGUAAACGUUGUAUCGACGAAAAAUUACACACCACCAUCAGCCAACAUGAUUGUGCGCAAAUAUUGGAAGAUUUAUACGCGAUCAAACGUUUUCUGGAAUCGAUCACCCUCAACAAUCUGGUUGGAUUGGUAGGAAAAAAUAUGUCCAAUGCGACAACCUUGGGCACCAGCAGCGGAGGAUACUUGCAGCAGCAACACCAACAACAGCAACAGCAACAACAAAUGUAUCAGGGAUUGUCUGGAAUGGGAUCGUUCGGUGGCCCACAGCAUCAACCGUACGGUGGGUCGACUACAUUUGGUGCGGGUUUGCCCGUCAAUCAGCAGAAGAAUACGAUGGAAGAUGCGUUGACCGAGGAGAAGAAAUCACUCGAUGCUUUGAUUCGACUAAUCAAACAUUCCUGCGAGGUUCUGGCCUUGUGGAAAAUACUAUGCGAACACCAAUGCCAUCUGCUGGUGGCGAAGUUGACCAAGGAGCAACAAGCCAUUCUUCACUCGUGUACCUUCCGUGAUCUGAUACUUUCGCGAUCGGACAUUUGCGGACUGCUCAUAGUGACGCUGAUCAAUUCGUACUUGAACGAUAAUGCAAGCGUGGGUUCGAUUUCCUCAAAACUACGCGAAGUUUGUCCCAACUUGUACCGUCACGAGGACGCCGUUUCGCAUAAGGCUUCGGAGAUUCUUCUUCUCUCCAAGAGCUGCAACGAUCAGGACGAGAAGGACGAGCGACUCCGGACUGCGCUGCAGUUAUGUAAAAGUGCUGCGCCAAAUCUUCCGUUAACCUCAAUUUGCCAGCAGUUUACUUCUGCUGGAUUCUAUAGCGGAGUAAUUGAACUGUGUUCGAUUUGUGCGGCAAAAAGUGACCCUAGUGAAGCCGCUCUACAUUACUAUCGCAAUAACGAGCCAGUGGAGGAUCAGGAAGGCUACAUGGCGUUCCAAAGUCGGAUGAGCUGUUUCAAAGAAAUUAAACUGAUGCUUGAGUAUGUUUAUACCAAUGUCUGCGGUAGUAAAGGUGGCAGCAUUUAUCCAUCCCUCGAAAGUGUAGAUCGAGACAAACUAGCUAAUAAUCAGCUUAUUUCUAUCAUCGGCUUGGCAUUGCAGUGUCAAGAUCAGCUGCUUCAUAUAGCGGUUUAUGAGUGGUUGCUUUCUCAUAAUCUUCUUGGAGAACUGCUGGAAAUAAGUGAACCUUCUCUAGGAGCCUUCCUUGGACGGGCAGUAAAUAGAACACCUGAAAAUUUGAUACUAGCCGAUUUACUGUGGAAAUAUCAUGAACGAAAUGGGCAGCAUGCAGCAGCCUCUAAAAUACUGGACAAGUUGGCCAACAUCCACAGCGAGGCCAUGUCCCUACAGCAGCGCAUAGAAUAUUUAGCACGUGCUGUAAUGUGCAUGCGAAGUGAUACUGUGGGAUAUUCUGCCCAUAACGGUGUGCUGUUGAAAGAUCUAGAAGACAAACUAGAAGUUGCACAAAUCCAGAAGCAGGUCCUAGAUGCCAUGUCAAUUUUGCCAGAAAACAGUAUGUCGAUGGCCACAGCCAUUAAGCAACUUAAUUCGACUUUAUACAAUCUCACUCAACUGUAUUCUGAUUUCGCCGAACGAUUUGAACUGUGGGAAUGCAAACUGACUAUUCUAAAUUGUUCGCAUCAUAACGAUCCGCUUCUCAUAGAAUCCGUCUGGACACAUAUUCUUGAUCGAGAGCUGGAACGACCAGACAGCAAUACAGAACGUUGUCGGCGACUGUUAACCAAAGUCAAAAGUUUAGCUUUAGAAUAUGAAAGCUCGGGUCAUUGCUUUCCGCUUCCUUUCAUCGUUCGGGAGCUAGAGCUUCGGUGUUUCCGUUUAAAAAUGUUUGAUUCGCCCGUACCGGAAGCUCUCAUUGAAAUGAAUCUGGACGUUGACAGUCUAUUGAACAUUUAUUCAAGGCUCGUAUCGAUGAAUGAACGUGUUUGGGUGACAGAGGAAGAUGAACUGUAUCUAGUGAGAUCGACUGCACAAUUGUUAUCUAUUGUGGCCUCUCAGCCCAAUCUGGUACAAUUGAAAGAUCGCCGAAAAGUUAUUGCUAAAUCGCAAGAUUUGAUUUCUGCUUGCUUGAGUAUUCUUUACACGAAACCCGACGGUCAGAGUCAUGUAGACAACCUACGCGAAACGCAAUCUAAGUUGAAUCGGAUCCAUUGCUAGGUUCGAUUAAAGGUAAGAAAGACAGCUCGUAUCUACCGUUAAACUGCCUUUAUUAUUUUUACUAUUAUUUUCUACCAACGUCAUACUUCUGUAGAUUUCUUUUGAGUAAUGUGUUUUUAUUGGUGGUUGUUGUGUCAAUUGCAAACAGUCCUAAGAUUUUGACAUCGAACAACAUUUGUAACAAACACCACACAAAUUGUUUAUACAGCACACGUAAAAUAUGUUACGAGACUUUGAACAAUUAUCUUUUUAUUGUGACUAUAGUGAACAUUGCAAACAAUCAUUAAAUUAUACAGCUUCUAAGUUCAAA